AUGCAAAAACUAGCUGUGCUCCUAUUGUUAGCCUCAUCAGCUCUCACUGCCAAAAUUCCACUCAGAAAGGUCCAAAUCACCAAGCAAAAGUUCCUUUCCGCUAAAGAGAGACUCAACAGUGAAGUUCCAAAAUUCCUCGACAACGGUCUUGGUGAAAGCAUCCCAGUCAAGGACUACAUGAAUACUCAAUAUUUCGUUGAUGUUGAAAUCGGUACCCCAGCCCAAACCUUCACUGUUGUCCCAGAUACUGGUUCAUCAAACUUAUGGGUUUACUCAAGCAAAUGCUACGCCAUUGUUUGCUACUAUCACAGCUUGUAUAACGCAGCCAAGUCAUCUACCUACAAGAAAAAUGGAGAGAAGUUCGACAUCACCUACGGUUCUGGAUCUAUUUCAGGUACCGUGUCAGAGGAUGUUUCAAACCUCGGAGGUACUCACUCCCACAUUGGCUUUGGAGAAAUCACCUCAGUCUCAGGUGCUUCUUUUUACGCUUCUCAAAUGAGCGGAAUCCUCGGUCUCGCCUAUGAUACCAUUUCAGUUGACAAGAUCCCAACCUUCAUUGACUAAAGCGACCUUACCGAUAAGAGUUUUGCCUUUUACCUCCACUCAAACCCAGAUGCCAGCUACAUGACCAUUCCAGGCUAUGACACAGAUGCCGUUGGAAACAACGAGUUCACCUUCCACAACGUCGUUGAGCAAAGAUACUACUCACUCAACCUCACUGGCCUUAAGCAAGGUGACACAUCCAUCCCAUCUAACAACUUCAAGGCUGUUAUUGAUUCUGGUACUUCAGUCCUUGUUGGUCCAAAUUCUCUCGUUAACCCACUCAUCAAGGGUAUCACCGUCAAUGAUGAUUGCUCAGGCCUCGAUAAACUCCCAACCAUCACCUUCCAAAUUGAUAACCUUGACUAUACCCUUACUCCAAAUGACUAUGUUCUCCAAGUUACCCAAGGUUCAGACACUGAAUGCGUCCUCGCUGUUAUGGGACAAGACUUCCCAGCUGGCUUUGACUACUUCAUCCUCGGAGAUACCUUCAUGAGAAAGUUCUACUCAUACUUCGACAAGAAGAACAACAGAGUUGGCUUCAUCAAUGCUGAGAAACUCCACCACUGA